UGUUUGAAUCCUGUAGCCCGGGAAAACUGCCGCAGUCUGUCACAUGUCACUCUCUGUCACUUACACACAUUAAACCGUAACGGUCAGCGCCAACUACCGCCAGAAAUUAUUUAUGUUGCCUCAGAAUCAUUACUUCAUAUCAAAAAUCAUAUGCUGACAUUAAAAGCCUGGAUAUGAAGCCCAAUGUCUGGAAUAUUAAGGAGAUGUUGAACAUCCCUGCAACUUCUGGAGGGAUAAAAUCUGGUAAGGGUCCGGGAACCAGUGACUACUCCAGCCUGACUGACUCUCAGUUUCUGUUGGGCUCUCAAACGUGGCCUGACAAUUCACAAGGAUUUACUCAGGAGAUGAGUGGACAGAGCAGAGGUUCUCAGCAUGCCUCACAGGAGAUGAAGGAAAUGACGGUGUCCAGCAGUUAUAGUUCUAAGCCAUUUUUGUUUGCCGGUGAUGGAAAAAUCCUAAACUUCACUGGUGGCAAAUCUGUUGGCAUGUUGGACAGAUUUGAGGAGGAGAAGAGAAAAGCCAAAGAAAAAUAUGAAAGGGAAAUUCUCACUAAUGGAAUUCUACAAUUGCAAGAAUCUCUGGAAAAUACCAAAGAGACUUUAUUAAAUUCCAUUGAUGGAAGCAGUGACAUUACCAGAAAAGUUUUAGUGGAGAGAAUGGAUAAUUUUUCAAAAACAAUUGAAGGUUAUUUAAACACUGUAAAAGAGGGUAUAACAUGUCAAUUUGAGACUAUGCAGAGCCAAACACAAAUAGAAAUGGAAGACAGAGAAGUUAAGAGCAGUCUGGCUGCAAAAGAGUUGAGCUCAAACAUGCUUAACCUCCAACGGGAUCUGGAACAUCUAAAAGUAGAGCGGAGCAAGGAGCAGGGCAUGCUGGGAAAAAUUCUUUCUCAGCUUACCACUUUGAUUUCUAUUCAGAAGCCAAUAGCAGGACCUAGCUCUGCCAGAAUGAUUGACAGUGAAGUCCAAACAUCACCUGGUCUGUUAGAGAGGUUCUGUGUCAUUUCAACUGAGAAACACCAAGAGAGCAUGAUGAUGUGCAACAGGCCUGCCAUUUAUUCAGGAAAAGAAGUAGAGCAGAACCAGUGUCCACUUACCACACAGAAGACACAAAACAGAAAUGUACACGCUCUGCCUGUACAAAAACAGCAGACAGCAGUCACACAGGAGGUAUCCCAUGAUGCUUCACAGAGAUUAUGGUGCACACAGUUAGUUGAGACCACAUCUUUAAGCCCACUUGUGGAUACUCAAUCCACUGCAUCCAUAGAGGAGCAUGAAAAACAUUAUGUAGAUAGACACCUGGUGCCUGAAAAAACAUUGAACAGAUUGAGCACUGAUGCAUUGCCACCACUGAAAGUAACUAGGAGGCGCCAAAAAGCCCUGAAUUAUAGGGGGAAAAAGAGAGCCUUGGUUCUCCCACAAAGACAACCAGUGAGAAAAAAAGUAGCAGUGACAUUUUCAAAGGACAGCCCACAGAAUGAAGACUUUCAAUGUGAACAAAAAGACAGAGUACCUUUGUCAUCUCUUUGUGACAACUGGAAAAUGACCAACAAAUCUGUUGCAGAGAAUCACUUAAAACUACAGCAGCAAGCUACUGUAGCACCAGUCAGUAGGUGUGUAGCUGAACAACCACUAAACCCCUUCAGUUUGUGGUCUGAGGACACAGAGAGUUCCCAAAUGAUGGCGGAAUACAAGAUGACUGAGUGGGAAAAUGUGGUGCCUGAACCUAAAGCUAGUGUCGUAGUAGGAGAAGGUGGCCUGUGGCAGCUCUUUGACUUUACUAAUGACUCAGAAUAAAAUGCAGAAUACCUCCAUACUGUAUGCUGAUUACACUUACAU